AUGAGUAUAAAGAGGAGAAGGAGAUGUUGUGGUUUUGGGGGGGGGGGGGGGUGUUGGGGGGGGGGGGGGGGGGGGGGGGGGGGGGGGGGGGUGGUGUGUGUUAGGAGGUGUGUGGUGUUGGUGUGGUGGUGUGGUGGUGGUGGGUGGUGGGGGGGGGGGGUGUGGGUGGGGGUGGGGGGGGGGGGGGGGGGGGGGGGGGGGGGUGGGGGGGGGGGGGGGGGGGGGGGGGGGGGGGGGGGGGGGGGGGGGGGGGGGGGGGGGGGGGGGGGGGGGGGGGGGGGGGGGGGGGGGGGGGGGGGGGGGGGGGGGGGGGGGGGGGGGGGGGGGGGGGGGGGGGGGGGGGGGGGGGGGGGGGGGGGGGGGGGGGGGGGGGGGGGGGGGGGGGGGGGUUGGGGGGGGGGGGGGGGGGGGGGGGGGGGGGGGGGGGGGGGGGGGGGGGGGGGGUGGAGGGGGGGGGGGGGGGGGGGGGGGGGGGGGGGGGGGGGGGGGGGGGGGGGGGGGGGGGGGGGGGGGGGGGGGGGGGGGGGGGGGGGUGGGGGGGGGGGGGGGGGGGGGGGGGGGGUGGGGGGGGGGGGGGGGGGGGGGGGGGGGGGGGGGGGUGGGGGGGGGGGGGGGGGGGGGGGGGGGGGGGGGGGGGGGGGGGGGGGGGGGGGGGGGGGGGGGGGGGGGGGGGGGGGGGGGGGGGGGGGGGGGGGGGGGGGGGGGGGGGGGGGGGGGGGGGGGGGGGGGGGGGGGGGGGGGGGGGGGGGGGGUUUGGGGGGGGGGGUGUGUUGUGGGGUGGGGGUGUUAGUUUGGGGGUUGGAGUGGGGGGUUGUGGUUGGGGGGGGGUGGGGUUAUUGGGGGGGUUGGAUUUGGGGGGUAGGGUUGGGGGGUUUGAGUUUGGGGGGUGUGGUUGGGGGGUGGGUGUUUGGGGGGUUUGAGUUUGGGGUUUGGGGGGGUUGGGUUGGGGGUUGGGGGGGUUGGGGGGUUUGUGAGUUGGGGGGGGUUGGGGUGGGGGGGUUGGGGAGUUUUGGGGGUUUGGGGUUUGGGGGGGGUUUGAGUUUGGGGGGUUGGGAGGGUUGGGUUGGUGGGGUGUUUGGUUGGGUGAGGGGGUGGUUGGGUGGGGGUUGGGUGUGGUGGGGGUGGUUGAGGGGUGGGGGUUGGGGUUGGUGUUUUGUGUGGUUGGGUUGUUGUUGUAUGUUUUUGUUUGGGUUGUUGUGGUUUGUUGUUGUUGUAUGGUGGUGUGGGUUGUUGUUUGGUUGUUGGGUUUUGUUUUGGUUGUUGUUGUGUUGUUGGGUUUUGUGUUUGUUGGGUUGUUGUGGGUUGGGUGUUUUGGGGGGGUUUGGGAGUUUUGGGGGUUUGGGAGUUGGGGGGUUGGGGUUGGGGGGUUGGGUUGUUGAGGGGGUUGGGGGGUUGGGGGGGUUUGGGAGUGUGGGGGGGGUUGGGGAAGGUUGGGGGGUUUGGGGUUUGGGUGGGGUGAUGAGGGGGUUGGUGGGGUGGGGGGGGUGGGGGGGUUGUGUUUUGUGGUUUUUUUUUUGGUUUUUUUUUUGGUUGUUGUGUUUUGUUGUGUGGUUGUUUUUUGGGGGUUGGAUUGGGGUUUAUGGGAUGGGGGUUGGGGGUGGUUUGGGAGUUCGGGGGGUUUGGGAGGUUUGGGGGUAUGGAGGUUGGGGGGGUUUGGGAGUUUGGGGGUUUGGGAGGUUGGGGGGAUUGGGAGGAGGUUUGGGGGUGGUUUGGGAGGUUGGGGGGGGUUUGGGGAGUUUGGGGGGGUUUGGAGGUUGGGGGGGGUUUGGAGUUUGGGGGGGGUUGGGAGUUUGGGGGGGUUUGGGAGUUUGGGGGGUAGGGGGGUGGGGGGGGUGUUGGAGUUUGGGGGGUUGGGGGGGUUGGGGGGGUAUGGGAGUUUGGGGGGGUGGGGGGGGUUGGGGGGUUUGGGAGUUUGGGGGGUUUGGGGGGUGGGGGGGGUUGGGGAUUUGGGGGGGUGGGGGGGUGGGGGGGUUUGGGAGGUUAGGGGGGGUUGGGAGGGUAGGGGGGUUGUGGGGUUGUAGGGGGAUAUUGGGUUGGGGGGGGGGGGGGGGGGGGGGGGGGGGGGGGGGGGGGGGGGGGGGGGGGGGGGGGGGGGGGGGGGGGGGGGGGGGGGGGGGGGGGGGGGGGGGGGGGGGGGGGGGGGGGGGGGGGGGGGGGGGGGGGGGGGGGGGGGGGGGGGGGGGGGGGGGGGGUGGGGGGGGGGGGGGGGGGGGGGGGGGGGGGGGGGGGGGGGGGGGGGGGGGGGGGGGGGGGGGGGGGGGGGGGGGGGGGGGGGGGGGGGGGGGGGGGGGGGGGGGGGGGGGGGGGGGGGGGGGGGGGGGGGGGGGGGGGGGGGGGGGGGGGGGGGGGGGGGGGGGGGGGGGGGGGGGGGGGGGGGGGGGGGGGGGGGGGGGGGGGGGGGGGGGGGGGGGGGGGGGGGGGGGGGGGGGGGGGGGGGGGGGGGGGGGGGGGGGGGGGGGGGGGGGGGGGGGGGGGGGGGGGGGGGGGGGGGGGGGGGGGGGGGGGGGGGGGGGGGGGGGGGGGGGGGGGGGGGGGGGGGGGGGGGGGGGGGGGGGGGGGGAGGGGGCGUUUGCCGUGCGAUAG